AUGUUCACUGCCACCCUGAAAUCUGCCAUGAUUACCAUCUUCCUUGCCCUAUUAAGUUCCAGUUGCUCUGCAGCACUCAGGGGCGCAGAUAGAAAACUCAAGCAGCCCCUUCGGCUUGGUGUCAGCAGCCCUCUCCUUGAACCAAGGAUCAACUGUGACCAAAACCUCGCCAUGGAAAUUACUUGCAGGGAUUGCAGCUUUGAAGCCAACACUGACAGGACUGGUGUUGAACAGACAGAAGCAACCCUGGAUGUCAAAGUCAGGACAUUGACCAACAAAAGCUGGCAGCUGAAGAGAACGACCAUGUCAACCAACUUACCUUUUUUCGAAAACACCCAAAUUACUGGAAGAGCUCGCAAUGCAGCCCCUUCCACCCCCAUUGACAACUCCUGGUCUUUGGCGCUCAGUACCAAAGAGAAUCCCAAGCGAAUGACUGCAAUUGCCACUGCCACCUUGGCAGGACCAGGAUUCUGGUUUUGA